AUGUCAGCAAUGCAGGAGCCAACUUUACCCGGGACACCACCAACACCACCGACGGUGAGGGCGGCAGCGCCUCCUCCAUCCUGGGCCGCUCCGCCAGCUACCAACGUCGGCCUGACCGUCGUCACCGGCGACAUCGGCGUCUACGCCGGCGAUCAGGUGACCGGGUUCAACCCGCCCGGCGUCUUCACGGGCGCCCUCCACGCCGGCGACACCUACGCGCAGCGGGCCCAGCUCGACCUCCUCGACGCCUACAACCUGCUGGCCGGCCUUCCCUGCAACGUCGAGCUCACCGACACCAACCUCGGCGGCCUCGUGCUCGCCCCCGGCGUCUACCGCUUCGCCAGCUCUGCCGCGCUGAGCAACGUGGGGUCGUCGCUCAUCACCGACCCGCUGGCUUCGGUCAUUCUCACCCGCGGAGCCCGCAGCAGCAACGUCUUCUGGCAGGUGGGCAGCUCGGCCACGCUGGACCACGACACCGCGUUCGUCGGGUCGUUGCUGGCCUACGCCUCGGUCUCGGCCAACGACGCCGCCUCGCUCGACGGGCGCGCCCUGGCCUUGAACGGCGCCGUCACCUUGAUCAACAACGCCUUCACCGUCCCCUCCUCUGGCAACUCUUCUUCCAACUGCACCGCAACCGCUACGCCGAGCUGUCGUCCCACCAACUCACCCAACUGCACCCCAUAUUUGUGA